AUGCUAAAUGGAGAACAAAUUGGAGGAAAGAAGAAGUCAGCUAUACAUUAUGAUAUUUGGAACAUCAAGUACUUGACCAAGUUCAAAUGGGAUGAUCUUACCGAUAAAAUUGCAUACAAAAGUGCAAUAAGGGAACAGAAACUGAAUAUGGCUAUGUCUGCUGCUAAAAGAGAGAAGGACUUUUAUCUAUCUAAAGUGGAGAAGUCACGUGCCAUGACUGAGAUAGAUGAACGGAUGAAGAAGAAGCGAAAGAUUCAGGAAGAAUCCGGCAUCAACGCUGAACCAGCACAUGUCUUUCCACCUAGGGUGGUUCGUCAGUUCAGACAGAAGACAGAAAUCAAAAAUGAGGUGUCUCAGAGCAAACCUGGACUCUCCACAGAUGUCCUAGCAUCGGUCAGUGUUUGA